UUUUUCAUUUGAAUUUAGAAGAACGGAUUAGAGUCAUUUUGUUUGCUCUUCAGAAAAAAUGGUGACUCAAUCGGUUAUCACGGUCGGGCUCGUCGUUUCAGUUACUGUAAACCUGUUAGCUUUUCUCUAUUUCGCUAUCUACGAUGUCAUCGAAAAUGUGUUGAAUCGAUGGGGAAAAAAGUCAACAGAGCUUGUUACUUUUCACAAAGGCCAUGCAGCGAAAUUAAGAAUUACGUAUCUGGAUACAUUCGUAGGCCUAGCUUUGCCAACACUUGCGGUGGCUGUAACGUUCACCUCGGGCGUCCUAACCAAUCGGUUGAAAACGGCUGAAGUACAGAUUCAAGCUGCCUUCAGCGUGGCCCUCGGUGUCUUCAUCUUCAUGCUGGUGAUGAACAUUCUAGUAAAAUCUCCAAAUCGAUCAGUUGAUAUCGUUUACGAUGUGGUCGCCAUUACGGCAUUUGUCGUCGCAUUAUACGUCAAAGAGGAACCGUUCAUUGGACUUAUAGUGAUGACGUCACAGGGCAGCCGAUCGACGAAUCAGGUCCAGUUUCUCAUGAAAAACUAUUGGAACAAUGAAACGCCGUGUUGCCGUAAAUACGGCGUUGUGGUUGUUAUGAAUACGAUUUUCACCGUAUUUUUCAACGGUGUAAUUCCGCUGAUGUAUUUACUAUCAACCAUUAUGCAGACAUACUCAAUGAAAUCGCAGUUAAGUAGCUUUUCAAUAGGAUGUUUCUACGCGUAUCUGAUCUUCUUUAGUUUCAUGAACGGAUGGGCACUGUGUGCGGUAACAGACGAAUCAAAGAAGUUCGUUAAAAGAAAUAAAAACCAACCUAGUUAUCAAACAACUGUACGACCGCCCGGUACGCCACUCCGUAUCAUUGCGAACAGUCAAACCCACGGUGAUAGGAGCGUACAUGCAUUUGCGCUUCCAAAUGAGAUUUUACCCCCGUCGUACGCACAGGCAGUAAAAGAGAAGCAACCGAUAUUGGCGGCAACUUGCGAAAAGGAUCAUUCUGGUGCAAUAGAAACAGACUUUGUCGCAAUUCCUCUACAGUCUCCUUGAGACUGUUGUUGAAAAGAAAUCGUAACAUGUGAUGUCAUUAUCGGCGGCACCAAGUUGGCACUCAGACGACCGAUGGUCCAAUCAAAUCAUAGCAGUAGACGCCGGUACGAAGCAAAUGAACAAUAUAACAACAUUGCCUAGGUUGACAUGCGAUCAACCGAAAGAUAAAUCGAUUGUACUUAUUCUUUGUAGGGGAUAUUUAUAGAUGGUUACCGUAAUAAUAAUAUGAUAGUUACAUAUAACCAUAGCGGUAUCGGCUUGACUUUCAAGUCUGGGUGUUACUGUACUGUGCUAAAUUUCCAUCUGUCUAAGGUUUGACAGCGGGUAGCGGGCCUACUUGCACGAAGUGUGUCUCGGGUCUCGGUGACUUGUCCCGACAGUUUGUCUUUGUCAAAAUAUUUAUUGUCAUACACACAUUUUUCAACGUGAAUGUAACGUCCGUAUAGAUACAAUGACAACAUUAAAUGAAAAAUGAAUAUAUCACGUAAGUGCUUCUUACAGUAUUCGAAAUUAAAGGCGUUAUAUACCUUUAAAAUAAAUAAAUGAAUAAAUAAUAUUUGAGCAGUACUGUAGUUUAUUGUUGAUGUUUACGGCAUAAUAGCCGGAUAAUGAUAGGCUAUAUGCCUAUCAAUCUUCACUGUGAAAAAAUUUAGGCCUACGUAAAAUUCACACGGUAUGGUUGUCCAAAUUACUUUUACCUUUAAAAUACGCAUACGCACUUCAAGCUGCAAGACGGCUUAUGUACUUAAUAAAAAUAUAUGAUUUUUUUUAGUUUUGAUUAGGCCUAUGCACAAUUAUGCCAAUUUUUAAUAUUUAGUUAUCUAUAUUAUUUAUUGAUUUAUAAUAUAAUGCAUGCGUAUCUGUAUUUAGUUAUAGGGAUAUCAGCCCUUCUUUAUAUUGCAAUUCAUUUAAUCCGAAGUGGAAUUAUUAAUAAUAUAAAAUAUUACGGUCGUGAUUGAAUAUCUAUUACAGUACAAUGUACAAAUGAUUGUUAGGCCUAUAUGAAUGAAUAUUUGAUAAUCCUGUACAGCACAUGUACAGUAAAAGUCAUUUACUGUGUGUGCACAGAAAAUAACCCCAGAGGCUAGGCUAAUGUUUAGUCUAGAAAACAAGCAUGAUAAUAGGCUACAGCCCGAUCUUGUAAUGGCUCCCGAUUAAAAUUAGCAAACGAUAACUAGGCCUAACUUCGAAUAAUACAUAUAUAUCAGGCCAAUUCACAACCAGUAGGAGACAGGGUUCACGUAGGCCUACAUAUUUCUAUGUAAAAUCUACAAAAGAUAAAUGUGUUAUUUUUGUAUGCGAGUUAUACUGUAUUAAAGAUUGAGUUUUUAUUUACUUAUUAGUGAA